CGCUCCUCCCAGGAAAUGUCCUUUGUCCAGCCCCACAGGAAACCCCAGCGAGGAGACAGCGGGCAGCUAGCCCGAGUGCCAGCCCGCGGCCGCACCGCCGCCGCACCCGGCAGACGCGCGGGCGCCAGGCUCCGGCAUUGCGCUCGGAGCUGCCCGGCGCAUCGCAGGAAUCCUUGGUUAUCUCCGUUACCCUUUUCUUGCUGGAUGGAACAGAAAGAUAAUCAGGGUGCGUGUGAACAUCAGACUUCCGCAGACAGAGGUAUGGGUUCUGACUUUGAGAACUCUGAGGACAGAGAAGGGGAUCCAGAAGAAAGAGGAAUGGGCUCCAAUCCACAAGACACGGAAGAGAGGAGCCACCUGGAGCACGAUAUGGACUCUAACCCACAGGAUGACGAUCUAAGAGGGGACUCACAAGAGAGAGAAAUAGUGUCCACUGUCUGUCCAGAAGGGCUGCUGAGUGAGGAAGAAGGGACUGUCCUCCGUGAGGAAGAGGACGACCAGCCUGGCGUGGCUGACAUGGCACUGUUCCCAGGCCUGUCAGAAUCUGACAGUAUAUCCCGGAGUCCCCAGGGAGAGGAAGAGGAGGAGGAAGAGGAGGAAAGCGCUGGGGAGAACCGGCUGAUGGAGGAGGAAGAGCAGUUGCCUCCCCCGAUGCUUCCCUGGAGGCGUCACCUCUCACUGGGGGGUCCACACCGAGGUGACAAACCUGCGCAUCGCCGCUUCCACCGGUUGCAUCACCCCAUGGCCAUGGACCUCGGGGAACUCGACAGCCUCAUGGCCAGCAUCAUGGACGCGCCCACCAUCUGCCCGGACUGCGGGGAGAGCUUCAGCCCGGGGGCUGCCUUCCUGCAGCGCGUGCACACGGGCGAGAAGCCCUACAUGUGCUCCGAGUGCGGCGAGACCUUCAGCGUGAGCUCGCACCUCUUCACGCACAAGCGCACGCACUCGGGCGAGCGGCCCUACGUGUGCCGCGAGUGCGGCAAGGGCUUCGGCCGCAACUCGCACCUCGUCAACCACCUGCGCGUGCACACGGGCGAGAAGCCCUUCCGCUGCGGCCAGUGCGAGAAGCGCUUCAGCGACUUCUCCACGCUCACGCAGCACCAGCGCACGCACACGGGCGAGAAGCCCUACACGUGUAUCGAGUGCGGCAAGAGCUUCAUCCAGAGCUCCCACCUCAUCCGCCACCGCCGCAUCCACACGGGCAACAAGCCUCACAAGUGCACGGGCUGCGGCAAGGGCUUCCGCUACAAGACGCACCUUGCACAGCACCAAAAGUUGCACCUGUGCUAGGGCGGGGGUUAGAAUGAGGCAUCGCUGGGAGUAGACGGCUUGGUUACUGAUUCUGUAGAUGUGGGGGAAAGGGCGGGAGGGAUGGCCUGAGAGUGUAUGGGGGGGGAGCUUUUUAAUGCUUGCCCCUCCCAAGAUGACGGUUAAUAAGAGUUUGUUAUUGCGAGGUGCCUACCUCCUCUAUGGAAGUAACUCUUGGGAGAUGUGCUUGAGUUGAUGGUUUAAAUACACACUGUAAGCAGUGACGAGUUUGGGUGAACAGACGCUUGGAGGAUCCCCGAGGAAGAGGAUUUGACACUGGGUAGAGAGGUUUGGGCUGCUAUGCUUUUGGGAACCGGGAGAGGUGGUUUAGAGUUAUGGGGGUACAAUAAAACGCGGGUAGGAGUAAGUCUGUGACACCUCUCAUACCAGCUUUAGUCAGACCCUUCUCAUUCCUAUAGAAAAGGGUGCUCGGUAUCAACUUCCCUUCCUAUGAGUCACAAUUAGCUGCUAUUUUGAGACAUCCAGGGGAAAUUGGCAGAAAACCUGCACAGUUACUUCAAGGGGGCACCUUGGGUUCAGAAAUCCACUAACAACUGGCUCCCAGAUUUUCUAGGAAAUCCUGCCCUUGGUUCUUCAUGUUGGGUCAGGGUUGCUUAGGUGGAUGGGUGACCCCGACCCAUGUGUAAGUGGGUACUUGCCUGGUCUUAGUCCGGCUUAGUAUGUUAUGUUUCAGGAGAACUGAAGACCACCGUGUUCCCUAAAGUCAACCAACUCAGCUUUGCUGGCUUCAUGUGGAAAAUGCAGGAAAGCUGAGUUCACAGGAUGGCAUGCCUUCAUUUGCAUGUGUGUGCCCUGACCCCAUGAACCCCAACGUCCGCACAAAUUAAUGAGGAAUCUAAUCCAGACAGGGGUUUCUCCCCACUCCCCCCACAUCUGAGAGGCACAGAUUUACACACAGAGGGUACAGUCAGGGAGAGGUGGGAAUGCAAAAUUGCCAAAUAGCACAAAUAAUGAAUGUUUUCUAGUUACACAGAUGCCAAAAUAGCACUUUUGUAUUUACAAAGUGUUUUAUGCUUUCUAAUAAUUGCUAGUGUUUCUCACAUGCUCACGAGGUAAAUCAGUAUUACAAACUAUGUCUUGGGGAAAGGUCUCCUGUAGGAGUGUGGCAGGUCUCUUGAAGGAAGGCUGAGGACCAACUGUGGAUGGUGGAGCCUGACCUUUCGAGUUCUCCAGCUCAGUUGCUAGAAUGAGUUACGUUCUCAUUUAUAUAAUACAGUAAGAACACUAAGCAUUCUUGUGCUUGAUGGAAGACAUAAAGCCUAGAAGGACCAAAGAUGUCCUUAUUGACAAAGCUGGCCUUUGUCACCUGAUUCUAGUGUCCUCACUAUGUUCUAUUUCUAGUAGGGGGCUAUAAUCAAAUGACUUGUAUAGAUUUUGGUUACACUGCAAAUCCCUCCCCUAGAUUAGUCUGUAGAAGUUAGCGACAUGGCAGGCAGUGGUUUUCCUCACUGCAGCUUGUUACCCUAGACUUUCAUGGGAGCCUCAAACUGUUGGACACAGUUGAAGGGGGAAAACCUAUGCGAUUGUUUUUAUGGUUUUAGUGAAGUUUCUGUGAAUGCUAGUUAUUUAUACUUGAUCAUUUGUAUUUUAGUAAUGAUCUUUGAAGGCUGUAGGAAAGCAUGUUUUUUGUCAUUCUAGGAACACUUAAAAAAAAAUCAGAAGAACAUUCGGGCUUGCGUAUUGCCUGCUGAUCUUGUCCACUAAAUCUGUUUAUUGUUCACAGAUGGAACAGACUCUCACACCAGGGACAGUUUUGUAAAACUCUAAUUCUCUUCCAGGUUUUUUUUUUUUUUGUGAGUAGUAACAUGUGCAAAGUCUCAUUAUUUAUUCUGACUUUUGCAGUCUGAAUGCCACAUUUAUGAGAUCUACUUAAAACAAUACAGCCAAUUUGAAAGUAAUCUUUAAUUUUUUUCUUUUUUUUUUCUCUUUUGAGACAGGGUCUGCAUAGCCCUGGCUGUUCUGGAACUCACUCUGUAGACUAGGCUAGUUGUGGAUUCACAGAGAUCCACCUGCCUCUGUCUCCCAAGUGCUGCGAUUACAGACAGGUGCCAUUAUGACUGGCUUAUUAUUGUUAUUUUUUUUUAAAUACACAUCUACCUCUUCUGGCUGUUUUAGGUUCUCUCAAGUGUGUGCCAGUGAAAUCUCAUCCCACUUUCUAUUCUUUACAUAUAUUUUUAGCCACUUAGGGGCUUUGUUUUCUUUUUUGACUUUGUCGUUAUGAUUGCACACAGUAUAGCCGUUAUCAAAUGUGUUACAUAUCAGCAGCUUUAGUGAGUGGGCUCAGUGGGGAGUGGAUACGAAAGCUGGUGUGGAUAAUGGCAGUAGACAUCUUUGGACUUCUGUCCUUUCUAUUGCCACAGAUCAGAGAAUCAGCUACCAUGUUUGCUCAGCAAACUCCUCAGCGGGAGAAACUGUUCAGCCAGCAAUGCACUGCUCUCGUGGUGUAUUUAAAAUGUGAUUCCAUUUCUCUCGAAUCUUCAGGGAACAUGUCUGCCCACAUUAAGUGAGAGUCCGAACACCCAGGUGGUUAUUUCUAGUCUUCUGUCUUAGAAUAAUAGCGUUUCUUCAGGAUACCCUGGUGACUGUGGUUCAUGCUUGAGAUGUUAAAAGUUCCCUCUCUCCAACUCAUUACUGAUGUUGGAGGCCUUUGUACUAUUUAUUUCCUGGGGCAUUCCGUCAAAAGCAGGCUUUCUUUGCUGUCCUUUACUAAGCCAAACUCGCCCAAGUUUAUGGGCUUAAAUGACUUAGUUCUGAAGUGGAGGAAUAUAAGCAGUUAGCCCUUUGAGCCACGUGGUCAGUCCAGAGGCUGUAUAUAUGUGAAAAGUAAAACUUUAAAAAAAUGUUCACAGACAAUCUGAACUGUGUUUCUGAAGUUUGUGCACACUUUUCAUUGUAGUGCUAUUUUACAUCUGUUUGUUAACGUAGUAAGUAAUUUAAUGAUCCUAAUAGUACCUGAUUCUGUGAGUGUGCUUGUGGAUGUGAGAAUUGCCUUCUUUUCAGGUUGUUUUAUUUAAUGAUGGUUCCUUGGUCAGCAUCUUGGUGUUCAGCAAUGAAUAUGGGAUAUUUGUCAUUAAAUUCCUGUCAGUCUUUUAUCAUUC